UUCUACUCUUAGCAGACCGGUCAGCAAGGACAGAUAUUCUGAGCGCGUGCAUUACAGCAGCAAACAACUCUCGAAAAUGGUAAGAGCCCGACUAAUGCCACACCCAUGUCGAUCAUGGAAUAUAACGGGUCGGCCGUCGUGGCCAUGGUGGGGAAGAACUGCGUGGCUAUCGCGGCGGAUAAGCGCCUGGGACAGCGCGCGCUGACAGUGGAUAUGAACUUCCAGAAAGUGUUCCCGAUCACAGACCGCACCGCUGAGGAGCGCAUUAUCGAGCCCAAGACAUUCUCGAACCUGGUCUCGCACAUGCUGUAUGAGCGCCGGUUCGGACCGUACUUUGUGGAGCCGGUAAUCGCCGGACUGGAUAAGGACAACAAGCCGUUUGUCGGAACGGCCAGCGACAACUUGUUUGGCAUGUGCGAGUCGCUGUGGGAGCCCGAUCUGGAGCCUGAGGAGCUGUUUGAGACCAUUUCGCAAGCGCUGCUGAACGCCGUGGACCGCGAUGCUAUGAGCGGAUGGGGCGCGGUUGUGCAUGUCAUCACCAAGGACGGGGUCAUUACGCGGGAUCUCAAGGGCCGCAUGGACUAAG